AAAGCUUGUCUCUGUCACUAACAGAAGUUGAUCGAAUAAAAGAUACCACCUCACAUACCUUGUCUUUCUGAUAUCUGGGGACCAAUAUGGCUAUGGCAACCCUGCAAGCAAUCUUUAUAUUGUAUCCUUUUGGAAUUUUUUUCUUUGUGAUAAACAGGGCCUUUUGGACAAUGGCGAACAAAGCAACUGCUGAAACAUCCUCCAUUUUCACGCAGGGUUCCAUUAGAGGGCACAUGAAAGAGAAGAAGGAUAGAGCUUUAAAAGCUGCAAAACUGAAUGCCUGUCUUGCAUCUAAAAUCAAAACUAAAAUAAUAAACAACUCUUCUAUUUUUAAGAUAUCUUUAAAACAUAAUAAUAAAGCAUUGGCUCUGGCUUUGACUCUGGAGAAGGAAAAUACUCGGAGGCUGAAGAAUGAGAAGAUCUUUCUACAGAAAGAAGUAGAGGAGUUGCAUUUUUAUAAUGUCGUGCUUCGUCAAAAAUUAAACUGUUUGGUAUGCUGUAAUUACCAUAAUACUUAAACCUUCUGAGCAACUAAAAAACAAAUAUCACAUUUUAGUGGAAACUUCAGAGAAAAUUAGUUCAAUUUUUUUAACUAGAACAUUUAAAAAUAUUUUAUCUACAGUAAUUAUUUCAAAUACACAGUUGCCAACAGGAUGGAAAAAGGUGGGGCUAUAUAUUAUCUCUCAAUAAAAUUCUUGUUUAGAAUUCAUUUUUCCUUUAUAAGAUCACCUCAUGCUUCUGACUGAUCUGGAACUCAACAACACACCUCUGUGUGGACAUUUUAAUCCCAGUUUUACUUUUGUAUUUUUCUGUAAGCAAAUUAAUCAAAUGUAGAAAUUGCUUCUUCCUCUGCCUUGACCAUGAAAAGGUUACAAAAUAUUUUUACUGUUAUUUAUGAUUUCUUCCUAUAUAAGGGCUUAACUGUUUAAAAGAGAAUUCCAUCUUUAAGGCCUCAUUUAUAUUUUUAUAUACAGAAUAAAACUCUCAUAGAAAUAGAAGCAUUUAUGAAUAACAACCUUUUAACAGCAAUUGAAAUGAGCAGUUUUUCUGAGGUAAGUGUCUUUCGUUUGAAUAUUAACAAUGUUGUAAAUAAAAGGGGGUAAGGCUAUCGUGUCUGCUGCUUAGUCUUAUAGUCCAUACUAUUUAACUUUUGACCAGGGGUAAAAUUUCCAAAAGUACCUAAGACCCAUUGAUCGUCAAUGGAAUGUAGGCUUCUAAGUCAUUUAGGUGCUUUUGAAAAUUUUACCCCAAGUGUUUAGAUUUUUGGGAUGAAAUCCUGGCCCCAGUGAAGUAAGUGGGAGUUUUGUAAUUGAUUUCAAAGAAGCCGGGAUUUCACCCUUUGUAUUUCGAGAACCUGGUUCUAAAGUUACUUAGCUACUUAUCCUGAUGAAGCCACAUUGUGCAAAAGUGCUGUUGGUAAAUUAACAGGUGGCAGUCUUCCUCAGAGAGCUAGUACUAUUCUAACCUCCUGUGGUGUUAGAGGGAACUGUGCUGUGGGGGAUUCUCCUCUUUUAGAUGAGACCUCUGCCUAAAAAAUGAGGUAUGAGCCCUGAUAUCAUGGCAGAAUUCCAGUUUAGGUAAUACAUUUUGCUUUCCUUUAUACCUAUAUAGUUUCAACACAAUAUUUUUUCACUUUCUGUUCUAAACUAUUGAACUCAAUUGCUGUGCACUCUUGUAUAGCUUCUGCAUUUCAGUGAUGUAUGAAAUAAUUUCUGCAUGUGUAUGUGCUUUGGGAUUAAAAUAAUCUGUAAAUAUAAAAAAAAAAGGU